AUGACGGACGACUCUGCCGUACAGAGCUCAAACAAGAGCGGUCGAAGCCUCAGAGACAAACUCCGGUCUACUUUUGGUAGAAAAUCAGUCGACGAUACGAAUGCUCCUAGAAGGAAGAGCAGCGCUGGUGAAAGUGUGGCGUCGGGGCGCAAAAGCUCACACAGAGCUUCUCUCGAUUCAAGGCAGGACUCGAUCCAGGUUCCUGCCUUCAAAACACAAGCCGAGCGCAUUCGAGAAGCGCGAGAGACUGGACCCAAGAUUGACAAACAGACUGGAGAGCUUCUGGAUGGUACUUUGAUGCUGCACAGUCUUGCGCACGACUCUUUCGACACCGUGACAGAAGUCUUGAAUAGAUACGAAUUGGAUCCGAAUCGACGGCCUGGUGAACCUCAAAUUGCUAGCUUGUCGUCUCAAUUAUGGAAUCGCAUUGCAGACUAUCUGGACUUGAUCGAUCGCGCCUGCCUCGCUCUUUCCUCCAAAACUUUGCUGGAUCGUGUGGGGUCUUCUUGCUUUACAACCAUCAACCAUUCCGACAAUGAAGAAGUCAGACUGGAGUUCUUACACAGGCUGCAAGACAAAUUACCGAAUCACUUGUUUUGUUUUGUCUGCAACAAAUAUCAUCUCCGAACUCAGAAAGGCGAGGAGAAAUUAAAGCCUGCCAGCGUACUCAAUCCCCUCUUUAUCUGCCCACAUGCCACGAACAACCUCAUGCCUCAGCCAAGAAUUCGUAUCACAACAGGCCGAACACUUCCUUAUACAUUCGUCCAACUGGCUCUGAGAGGCAAGAAAUACGGUCUAGAUCACGGCAUCGAAGCUACAACAAUGGCGCGUCUUUGGAGAGAACCAUAUGAACCCAGGUGGACCCACAGUUCUCGCUAUUUUGUCUUCAAAGGACAUCUCCUGAUGCGUGUUCAGAGUACUGCCUUUACAGAGGCAGGAUUGACACCAGCUGGUGAGCGCAUGCUCCUCUACAGUCGUGAAGACUAUCUACCUUAUUUCUCUGUCUGCGCACACUGGAGGGAUGGUUUGUUGAUGAAGCUCUGCAAAUGCGCUUUGAGCCACAUGCCAGUACCGCCGGAAAAGUCAUUGCAUGAGGGACUAGCAAAGGUUGCUGGAAGACGACCACAUCAGAGCGCAAUCAUCACACUAUGCUCGGAAUGCCGUCCUAUGCGCCGAUGUCCUCAAUGUCCGACAGAGUAUCUGAUCGAGGUCAAAUUGGCUGAGGAUAGAUCGGAAAAGGAUCCGAAGAAGCUGUUUAAACAUGCCAUUGUGGUGACACGAUGGAGCGAUCUUGGAGAUGGCUCUUCUCCUUCAAGUCCCGAGUGGGCGGCCGUCACUGGUGCUAUCGACAACUAUGACUCUUUGACCACAAUUGGCACGAGAGCUGUUUCGGGCACUUUUGAAAGUCAGUCGGCUGAUACCGGCCCUGGACAGAGAAUAUUGAAUUUGAACCCCAAGGAUGAACACAAAGGAGAGGAGGGCCAUGAAUGGUACUGA